AUGACUUUGCUCACUAGAACCCGUGCGCGUUUGGCGCCACCUACAAAUAAACGUACGCGGGACGAGAGCCUUUGGCACACUUCCGAUUACUUCCCUUGUAUUGGAAAUGGCUCAGAGACCUGGUGUGACUUGGACUUUGUGAACAUAUAUGUUUUGCAGUCCUUAGGUGAAAGACAUUGUGAAGACUGCAAACUGGAUUCCCUACUGAACCCAUCAGACCUCACGGCCACGCCCAAAAUCUCUGACUCGAAGAAGAAGAACUUCAAGAUCUGGUUCAGCCCUAAAAGUCGUAAAUUACGGUGUUGUGUCGAGAAGCCUGUUGCCAUAAACUUACCAAAUGGAGAUCGGGAAAAACCCACCACGUCACCAUCAUCCAAACCUCAAGACCUGUCCGUCUUUAACUUCACCUCUUCCUCCCAGGAGUCUGAGUCUUCCAGCCCUUUGAGAGAGAAGGUGAAUAAGAAAACAAAGUCGAAGAGGGUCCGUCCAGCCUACAAACAAGCACGCCGUGCUAAAAGCCCCAAACCGCAGACUCGGGUGAAGCAGGAAUAUAAGAGGCUGAAACUAGAAGCAGUCAACCAUCAGUGGGGCUUUGGUAAAGAAGCUGCUUUAGACAGCAAGGAUGAAGAGAAGCUGAGCUCUGGAGAUGACAACAGAAGGGUUGGUAAGAAAGUGUCUUUCGGAUGCAUGGGCAGUCUGCCUGGGGUACCUCAGAAUUUGCUGUCCCAAGAUGAGACUCAGGAUCUCAGUUUGGAUGAAAGCAUCCUUGACAAUCUAGAAGUGGGUGAAACUCAAAACUCCUAUAAUGAGGUUCUGAAUGAAAACGCUCAGAGUCCUCCACAACCUUCUCCUUCGGGAACACUUAAGAGAGAGAACCAGGACGGUGAUGAUCCGCAGAUGACACCAAAAAGACCCAGAUCUAGUCCAGGAGGCAGGAGGAGAUUAUCUAGAAGUGCAUCACUAUCCACACCUCACCCUCCAGCUGGAAACCCCUCUAAUAGGUUGAGAACUUCCAGACUGUCACUUUCAGGGAGAAAGAGGUCACCAGUUACGUCAGUCUUUGGGGGAAGUCAAGGUGCGCGAAGUAACCGAGGGUGUCUUACGUACAUGAAGAGGAACCACAUGGGAGAGACGCCACUGCACUUGGCUGCGAUAAAGGGUGAUGUGGAGGGGGUACGGAAGCUCCUUGCUCUGGGUGUCGACCCCAACCUGAAGGACAAUGCAGGCUGGACGCCAUUGCAUGAGGCUUGUAAUCUUGGUCACCUGGGAGUGGUGGAGGAACUGCUACAGCAGGGGGCGCUUUUGAACACUCCAGGUUAUCAGAACGACUCUCCGCUACAUGACGCUGUGAGGAGCGGACAUGUGGCGGUGGUCAAACUCUUGGUUAAACACGGAACGUCUCAAACUGUUCUGAAUAUGUUUGGCCUGCGGCCUGUGGAUUAUGCACUGACUCCAGAAAUGCGGGAUGUCCUAAGAACAACCCCCGAGGCACCCGAUCCUGUGACAGCCCCCCUGGUCCAACCAGCCAGCCUCAGUAAGGCGUCAGGGUGUGUGCGGGAGACCGCUCCGAUGGUGCUGAUUGGCAGUCAGCUGACGCCAGCUCAAAGAAAGCAGCUUUUUAAAGCGGCUCAUCUGCUUGGAGGGAAACCAGUAGAGUCUUUUUCUAAUGCAGUAACCCAUGUGGUUGUUCCAGAUGCUUCCAACCAGUUGUCUACCCUAACCACGCUUCAGGGCAUCCUCAAUGGCUGCUGGAUCCUUCGUUUCAGCUGGGUGUGUUGUAGCCUUCAGGCAGGCAUCUGGGGCGAAGAGAGCGUUUACGAGACAGGUGAAGGCCCCCCACGUGCCCGUGCAAACAGAGACAGCCUGCUGCCUCGACUCUUUGAUGGCUGCUUCUUCUACAUGAUGGGUUCCUUUCACAAACCACCUAAAAAUGACCUGCUUCCGUUAAUCAAAGAUGGAGGAGGUCACCUUCUGAACCGCCAGCCUAAACCCGACAGUGAUGUCACACAAACCCUGUGUGCAGCGGCCUAUCACGCUCAGCCUGGUUCAGACCAAGCUCUCUGCACCCAGUAUAUCUUAUAUGAUCCUCAAAGCUCCUACAAACCCUCAAAGGUCCGUGUCGGAAAGGUCUGGUCGGCUCCAUCAACUUGGCUUGUGGACUGUAUAGCUGCCUUUCAGCUCUUGCCUGUGCCAGAGCUCUAGAGCACGUCCCUGCUGUACUUUGCAUUUAACUUUUAUGCCAUUAAAAUAACUCGUUAUCUGUUGGAGACAAAGUUUUUUUUUUUCUUAUCAGAAGACAGAAAUCCUAAGAACGAAUCGUAAUUACAGCGUUUUCAGCAAGCUUUUGUAUGUGUGUGGAAAAAAAUAAA